AGUAGGCAACUUUUGAGUAAACUUCAAAAUCGCAUGAAAUGAUGAAGAUAAUUGCAUAAGGCGAAAUUCAUUCCCAUAAACAGAAUAUAGCAUAUACAGGCAUCAUAUGCUGCAGAGAAAGUUGUAUAAAAGACGUUGAAUUUCUGGAGUGAAGCAUCAGUCAAAGUCUGUCUCGACAUUCAACAACUGCACAAAUCCAAAUCAAAAUGUUCAAACUCGUAUUGAUCUGCGCUGUUAUCGCCAUGGCCGUCGCCUUGCCAGUCAGCGAUGAGUCGAAAGCUGAAACCAUAAGCCGCAAGGACGAUGUGCGCGCAGAUGGAUUUGACGCCUCUGUGGAGACCAGCAACGGCAUCGCGGCCUCAAAUAGCGGCGAUGAGAAGGGCAACAUCCAUGGAAGCUUCAGUUGGACUUCGCCUGAGGGUGAGGUGAUCGAAGUCAAGUAUGUGGCUGAUGAGAACGGAUAUCAGCCCAGCAGCGCAAGUCUGCCCGUUGCACCCCCAAUCCCAGAAGCCAUCGUGAAAUCUCUGGCUUAUAUUGCUGCCAAUCCAUCCGUUGUUGACCGCAAAGGCAAACUGGCUUGAUUGAAUCCUAUAACCGACUUCAUGCGACAAAUGAGAAAAAUACCUUUUCUUUAUAUUUACAAAAAAAAUGUUAAAAUGUACUUAAGGCAAG